AUGGAGCCUCCGUCAAAGAAGGCAAAACUCGAAGAAUUGCCUCAUUUUAUAAAUAGUCAUUAUCCAUAUGACAUUGAUAAUAAGACAAUUAUAUCUAAAUAUAUCAAAAGAGAAGAUCUAAAGCCAAUUAAUGUCUUACAGAAAAUACUUAAUAAUACUGAGUCAGAUAGAAAUAAGAAUGAUUUAGGUGAAAGCGUUGCACAUUUAUUUUUGCGUGACUUUAGGACCAUAGACAAUAAAGGACUUUCGCUUGCAAGUAAACUAGCAGUUGGUAAGAAGAAGCCAUUAAUCACAUUCCACAUCUUUUGCCUAGAAGAAUUCGAUGCCCAUUCAAUAAGUCCAUUUAAAUUAGAAUAUACUUUAAGAUCAAUAGAGAUCUUGAAGAAAGAUUUGCAUGCAAUGAAUAUUCCAUUGGUGACUUUGCAAGUGGAGAAGCAGAAAGAUAUCCCAACGAAGAUUGUCGAAUUCUUAGAAAAAAAUAAGACUAGUCAUGUAUAUUGCAACAUGGAAUAUGAAGUAGAUGAAUUGAGGUUGUUAUCUAAACUCGUGAUGUGUCUUCUCCGCAGGCAUAUAAGUUUUAAUCCUGUUCAUGACUCAUGCAUAGUAGAACCUGGCGAAUUAAAAACUAAAAGUAAGGGUACUCAAUACGCAGUUUUCACACCUUGGUAUAAAGCGUGGUGUAACUAUUUGAAAAAUGAAGAAGAACCAUUCAAAGAAUAUCUGCUGCCCCAUGCAAAUGAAUCAUUCCCAGACCCCAGCGAGUUAUUUGACAGCAAGAUGCCCCAAAUACCAGAAUCAAAGCGUCUUACCCGAGAUCAGCAAAAAGAAUUUGACAUCAGCUGGAAAUGUGGCGAAGAGGAGGCAUGGCUGAAUUUACGUGCUUUUCUUGAGUCCGAUAAAUUUAAGAAAUAUGAUGAAUCAAGAAAUGAGAUAUCGGAUGAAUCUGUAUCACAUAUGAGCUGUCCUAUCUCUUCUGGAAUCAUAUCCACAAGGUCAAUAAUAAGAUACAUUUUAAAAAAUAAGUUGGUCAAAAGAAUUGAUAGUGGAGAACCAGGUACAGGCUGGAUCCGUCAAAUUGCCUGGAGAGACUUCUACAGACAUAUAUUAUGCAACUGGCCAUAUGUUUGUAUGUUCAAACCUUUUUUAUUGGAGUACGACGAUUUAAAAUGGGAGUAUAAUAGGGAUCAUUUCCAUAGGUGGUGUCAGGGUAAAACUGGGUUUCCGAUUGUUGAUGCAGCAAUGAGACAGCUUAACCAAACAGGUUACUUACAUAACCGAUGUAGAAUGAUAGUUGCCAGCUUCCUCUCCAAGCAUUUAUUGAUAGAUUGGAAAUAUGGCGAGUAUUAUUUUAUGGAGCACUUGAUUGAUGGUGAUUUUGCUUCCAAUAAUGGUGGUUGGGGCUUUAGCUCGAGCACUGGGGUUGACCCUCAACCGUAUUUUCGAAUUUUUAACCCUUGGCUUCAAUCGGAAAAGUAUGACAAAAAGGGAACGUAUAUUAGGAAAUGGGUCCCGGAAUUGAAAAGUAUACAAGAUAAUAAGGCUAUACAUAAUCCUUACGAAAUGGGGUACGGUAAAAUAGCAGAAAAAAACGGUUACCCAAAGCCAAUGGUCAAUCACAAAGAAUGUAGAGAAAGAGCGUUGGACAGAUAUAAGGAGGCUAAAUAUUAA